UCAUUUUGUUGUUAUAUGAUCAUCGACGUAGAAAAAAAAAGAGAAAAAAAAAAUGAACAACUUGAUUAAGUCUCCUAGUUUAUCAUCCUUUGCACCUGGAGGGCCCUGGCCUUUCUCCUCUGUUUUCUGACCAAAUUUUCUCAGGAAAACGCAGGAAAGUUAGUUCCACCCCCCCCCUUUCUUCUUCUCUACCCUUUUCCCUCUUAACCUGAUCCUUCACUUUCUCUGACGUUCUCGGAGUCGGAACAGUCAUGGGCACCGGAGAAAAAACCCUAAAAUCUUUCAAUCUACAUCUCUCUCACCUGAAGAACAGCAACAGACAAGCGGUGAAAUUAGGUGUACCGAAGGGGUGUUUGGCGAUAAAAGUGGGACAAGGACAUGAACAAGAGAGGAUAAUAGUUCCUGUCGUGUACUUUAACCAUCCUUUAUUCAUGCAACUCCUCAAAGGAGCCGAAGAAGAGUACGGCUUCGAACAGAAGGGUACGAUCACAAUCCCUUGCCAUGUCGAGGAAUUCCGACACGUUCAAUCCAAGAUCGAUCAAGAGAGAUCUGUUUAUCACCACCACGACCACCACCAAUAUCACCAACUCGUCGGAUGUUUUAGGGUUUGAUCGUUCGAUCAAUGGAUCAUGCAUUUCUCUCCGUUUUUAGCUUUUAUCUUUCUUUCUUUUUUGCUGUUGUUGUUGUUAUUGUGGAGCUGUGGAGCCAAACAAGGCCUAGCCCACAAAAUUAGGAGUAGAGAUAGAAGUGCUUUGUUUCCCUUUGUGAGUCCAAGUAUUUUCUUCCUCUUCUUCUUUUUUUUUUACUUGAAGCAUGAAUCUUGAAAAUAAAUGGAAAAAAAGUGUGAAAAAAUUUCCGGUGACCUCUCCGCCGUUUUUUUCAAUUAUCACGGCCAAGAUGGUCGGAGCCACGGCGAGCGAAAAAUAAAUAAAGAAAAUAAAGCGAUAUAUAUUGGGUUGGCAA